GUGGGUUGUUGUGGUUUUUUUUGUUAAGGGCCGGCCGAGCAGCAAAGGUGCGACGCGCUCGUCUCUCCCUCCCUCUCUCUAUGGUCUGUUCUAGAUGGGAGCGAGGCAUUUUCGAUGGCUGUGCGCGUCAUAUCCGGACGAUUCUGAGAUGCCGGUAAGAAACGCUCGUCUCGGGGAAGGAAGGAGCUGAGGGGGGGGGGCAGAGGAGGGGCGCGAGAAUACGUCGUUUACGCGCCCUCCGCCCGCGCGCUCCCUUCCCUCACUCGGGGUGGUCUCGCCACUGUGUGGCCCCCGACGCCUACCUGCUCCCCUUUCCCUCAGUUCUUGGGUCCAGCCCGGUCCGUGAGAGAAGCCCUUCCCUCUCCGCCCUCGGUGCCGGGGGAGCGGCCUGGGUCCGCCUCGGCCUUGUCGCCGAUAUGGGACGGGUCUUUGCUUCUUCCCCUCUCAGCGCCCGCCCGGACCCAGGGGCUGGCGGGAGACUCCGGGUGACUCCGUCCAGAAGGUGACCUGCUUGUUGCUUAGGCCCCGGAAAGUUCUUCGGUGUUUCACGAGGGGUCGUGUUGUUGGAUGAACCUCCUUGCCGUCCCCCGACCCUCCCGGGUCUUCACGACCCGCCGCCUCCUUGGGUGGUUGGAAGGCUCCGCGGUCCUUAAUGUUCAAAGUAAGGAAAAGUUUAGGAUUAUUGGUAUAGCGAUGGUUCCCACACCCCGCUUUUCAUCAGCGCACGUGGGGUUUCAUAGGGUUAGGUCAACACCACAAAUUCAGGCUCCUGCCCUGAAGAGCUUUGCAUGAUAAUAUAGCCGGGAUCUUUAUUAUUUUUGUUGUUUGUCGAAUUUAUGCCCCUCCAAUAAGCAGCCCUGGGCGGCAAUCGAGGAUAGGCAGCAGAGGAAGAUGACGAGGGAGAGAUGGAAGAGGCAGUGAAAACCGAGGACACGUGUGAGCAAAUUGGUUUUAAGACAGACACAGAGCCUAGGACUUGCUGAUCAGAAGGUCGGUGGUUCGAAUCCCUGCGACGGGGUGAGCUCCCGUUGCUCAGUCCCUGCUCCUGCCAACCUAGCAGUUCCAAAGCACGUCAAAGUGCAAGUAGAUAAAUAGGUAUCACUCCGGCGGGAAGGUAAACGGUGUUUCCAUGCGCUACUCUGGUUCGCCAGAAGUGGCUUAGUCAUGCUGGCCACAUGACCCAGAAGCUCCCUCGGCCAAUAAAGCGAGAUGAGCGCCGCAACCCCAGAGUCGGCCACGACUGGACCUAAUGGUCAGGGGUCCCUUUACCUUUAAAGACAUACUGCUUGGGAAUAAGGAUUAAGAGGUCUUGAACACAUCCAGCCCUGACAUCAGCACCUGGCACACACAGGCAGCUGCCAGGGCCCAUGCAGUCAAUGGGGCGGACUGGCAACAACUCCUACUGUCUUUGAGUGUGUUUUCCCUCCCACACUGGGCAUUGUUAAGUAGCCCUUCUCUAGUAGUGUUACCACUAGUUAGAUUCCCACCUCCAUGUUGCUAUUCAGCUUCUGACUUGUGGCCUUACCCAGGCAUCCCUGUUGCGCUUUCUAAUGGAUGUAGUAGCUCCCAUUUUUUAACAUACUGCUGUGUGUGCAAAUGCUGUGUAGUGUAUAAUGUAGUGAUAUCCCAUUGGGUGCUCUGUAGCAUGAAGGAUUGUGGCCACUCACUUCUUGUAGGAAUUGCACUUCCUCUGAGUAAGCUCAUGGGGGGUUAUAAUCAUUGUAGUACAGCCAGGUAAAAUGGGAGGUACCAGUAUAUGGUGGUUGUAGCACCAAUGGCACUGUCAUGAAGGCCAGGGGAGCCUUUUGGUUUCACUAUGCUGCUGUGGUGAGGACUUGCUGAAGCUUGGAGCUGGCCUUGAAAGUAUCUGGAAUGGGUUUGAAGGAAGAGAGAAAGAAGCGAAUUCUAGGCAUAUGUGAAAGCAGGAGAGAAUGGACAGCUGCUUAAGAGCUGGUAUUUAUGUAUUAAAAUGUUUAUUUUUGCACCCAAAUUUUGGUCCUGACCUCCACAUAAGCUUGUUGCGGUUAUGUAGGAGGGAAUUAAUGAUAUUCUGUAAUGGUCAAAUAAAAGUUUUUCAUUGAUAGAACUGUAAAUGUUUCUUGAGGCUGAUCUCUGGCAAAGUCUGGGCCUCUGGCAGUGGAAUUUAACAGCUGCAGUUUAAUAGGCAUGGAGUGGAGGUAGAAAGCAAAGAGAAUCAACACUAUGUUACUGCUGUUUUGUGUGUGAGAAAGAAUUAUGUUGUAAAAUAUGGCAGCAUGACUGGCAAUAUGUUGGUCAUAUUUUUAAUAUUUGGUUCUUUUACAGGUUAAACUGAAUAGCUCUCUACUACGGCUUCUCCUAAGAAGAUCCUCACAAAGCUGUGAGGCUGGAAUAUAUUUAUAAACACAGAACGUUGUUCACUUUGAACUCUUAAGCUUUGUGCCUUAUCCAGAUCGACUUUGGGAAUCGGAAACUUGAAUCAAUGUUAUCGGAUGAGUUAGAGUCUAAACCAGAGGUCAGCAACUGCUAGAUUUGUUUUGUGGCUCAAUGGCGUAUUCUGGAAUUAUUAUUAUGGCAAAUGAUAAUUUCCCUAGUGAUUUGUGUAGUUUGUAUAUGGUUAUCAUGCAUAGAAGCAGGGCAAUCUUUUUUGCUUGAUUAAUGGCUCCAAAAUCACUCAUCUGAUUUGCACCCACAAGGUCUCACUUGAAAACCUAUAACACUUAAGCAGGAAUUCUGUGCAAACUUACAUGGGAAUGAGCCUCACAAUGUGACUUACUUCUGAGUAAGCCCAUGUAGCAUUGCAAUGCACAGAGGUCACAAUUUAAAAAUGUUUAACAGUCUACAUGGCUCUUAAUGCAAAAGCUCUGAGGUACCAAUAACACCCAAUUGCUUGACAUAAAGACUUCCAGCUCAGAGCAGUUAUGCUUAUGGCCUUCAUGGUAAAAAGCUGCCAGGAGGGCUAGUCAAAAUGAAAGGAAGGGGUGUACUAAUGCUUUACUCCUUCUCCACUGUCCUGACCCCCCUUCUCCAAUUGCUAUUUGGCAUGGGAAAGAAGCUGCCAUUGAUGUAAUUUAGUAUAGAAGAAAGCUAUCAUUAUCAGCUUCGGAGAAUUGUUUCCAUUGGAAUCAGAUGUGCAAGAGAAAAGAAGGCUGCUUAUUAUGGUUUUGAUUCCCCACAAAAUAUACUACAUAUUGUGUAUAAAACAUACAUGUGACAUUAAGUUAUAUAUUUAACAGCACGUGUGAUAUAGCCUGCACUCUGUGACUAGUGCAAAAGUGUUUUGGGGUGGUUCAUGUAGAUUACAGGUACGUUGCCUGUUGCUUCUUUUCAGCUCAAAAUCAAGCUGGGGAAGGGCCAUAGCUCAGUGGUAGAUUUUCUGCUUUGCAUGCAGAAAGUGCCAGGCUUAGCCCCAGCAUGUCCAGGUAGGGCUGGGAGAGGCCCCAGUCUAAAACUCUGAAGAGUUGUGCUGCCAUUAUUGUGGAAAAUACAGACCAAUGAAGUGACUACUGUGCAAAGGCAGUAGUAGUUGUGAAUUUAGUCAAAGAACAGGGCUUGUAACGUUUAUCCUUGUUACCCUAAGAAUUAACAUUUGCACAGGGAAAUAAGAGUUCAGAGUAAGUAGUGAGUAAUUAUUUCACAUUGGUGAUUUCUUAUUGUUUCUUGGUUGAGCUCAAAAUGACAGAAUAUUUACUUUUAGUAUAUUCGCUGCAGUGUAGUUUAUGAACCAUUUCUCUGUGUUACUGCCUUUUGUAGCUGACGUUGUAGAAUGGGAACCGGGGGGAAUUGACAGAAAGCAUUCAGCUUCAGAUCUAAGCAUUUGCUGCUGCUUUAAUAUCUUUGCUUCCCCCCGCAGCUGCUGGUUCAAUUUGUUCAGAACACGUCUAUUCCACUAGGACAGGAGCUUGUGGAAUCAGAACCUAAAGAUAUAACCUGUUUGUCUCUCCUUCCUGUUACUGAACCCCAAGAAUGCAACAGACUGAUGUUGCCAGGUAAAACCUGAAGCCUAAUUAUGCUAAAAAUGCUGUUUGCAUUUUUGAGAUAUUAACAACACAGUUCUGUGCAUGUCUACCUGGAAGUCAGUCCCACUGAGUUCAGUUUGGCUUGCUUCCAGGUAAGUGUGCAUAGGAGUGCAUGCUGUGUUUAGAUGUGGGAUACUCCUGUAAUGUACAGUUAUUAAAAUUCAGUUCUUUUUCAAGGAAUGGUGAGAUAAAAUUGUAAUAGAGUGGAUUCUGGCAAUGCUGCUAGCAAUGCUCUAAUUAAUAUUAAACGUUCAAUAAGUUGCUUAAUGUUAAUUAGAGCAUUGCUAGCAGCUUUGCCAGAAUCCACUCUCUUACUUAUGGAAUAUGCAGAAAUGGCGAAAUUUACCGGAAGAAUAGGAAAUCAAUAUAACAAACUUUUUAUAAAAGAAUGGAAAUGGUUUAUUGAAUAUUUACAGAUAAAUUGCAAACAGAUAAAAACAUUGAUAGGGUUAUUGUAAUAACCUGCAGUUUCAUAAGAGUAUAUAUUUAAAGUAGAUAAUUAAAUGAGCAAAUUAAAUUAAUUUGGAUAUGCAGAAGAUAUUAGAAAAUACAUUUAAGGAACCGCAGAAAGAGGGGGAAGGAAGUCAAACUUUGAAAUGUUAAAUUGAUUGUACAACUAAUGAAAUGUAUAAACUUGAAAAGUAUAAAUAAAAAACUUUUAAAAACAUAACAUUAAAUGUACUGCUAAGGUUACUGGUUUUAUAAUGGUUUUCUAUCACGUUUGUGCUGAAAGCGUGAUUGUCUUGAAUGAAAUGCAUAAUCUCACAAAUGCUUUCUAAAAUUUCUUCAUUAGAUGACUCUCCAGGUCAUACUAGCUCCUCAAAGGAUGUCUCCUCUUCUGCUGUUUUGCGAAGCCUCCAGGUGAACGUUGGCCCUGAUGGUGAGGAGACAAGGGCACAAACAGUACAGAAACCACCUGAGCUUCUGCCAAGCCCUGAUACUUCUAGCUUAUUGCAAGACCUCCAACCCACUGAUAGCACUUCUUUUAUCCUUCUCAAUUUAACACGAACAGGUAACUCCUUCAAGCACGUCAAAGCACAGAAAGAGAUUUGGGCAAUGCUGCAUUUAACAGGAGUCAUCACCUCCUUCCAGUAAAGCGGCUGGAGAGCAGGGAAGCUAAUCUGUGGCACCUCCUGAUGAUGUUGAACUAAAACUCUCAUCUGCCCUGGCCAUUGGCCAUGUUGACUGGGGCAGAAGGGACUUGCUGUGCAAUGACAUAUUGAGGGCUACAGGUUAGCCAUCCCUGCUGUAGAGGUUGAUUGUGAUAUUGUGGGAAGCAAGAGAGUUUACUCCCCUUCUUAUUGUCUCAUGAAAACUGCCUCCCUUCUAGGCCUAGGUUCUCCCUCAGAGCACUUGGUGUUUGUCCAAGAUGAAGCAGAAGAUUCUGGGAAUGAUUUCUUCUCGAAUGAUAGCACCGACAGCAGUACCCCAUGGUUUUUGCGAGUGCAGGAACUGGCUCAUGACAGUUUGAUUGCUGCCACUCGAGCACAGCUCGCAAAGAAUGCCAAAGCAAGCAAUAAUGGUAAGAGGGCUUUUAUUUCUGUUGGGUUUUUUCCCCCCAUUUUCAAGGUAUAAUGUUACUUUCACCCAUAAAAUGAGUUUAGGAAAUCUUGUAAAGCUCUUAUAUGUUGUUGAGAACUUCAGUCAUUUACUUCCUGCCUUUUAAGGUAAAAAACUUUCAAUGUCCCUAAUAAGGCUAGGCAAUAUUUGGUUUUCAAUAUCAUGGUACAUCACCAGCUAAACAUCGCAAUAUACCACUAUAUCAUGAUAUCUGAAAUAAGACACAGCUAUGUAAAAGCAAGGGACGCGGGUGGCGCUGUGGGUUAAACCACAGAGCCUAGGGCUUCCCGAUCAGAAGGUCGGUGGUUCGAAUCCCACGAAGGGGUGAGCUCCCGUUGCUCGGUCCCUGCUCCUGCUAACCUAGCAGUUCAAAAGCAUGUCAAUGUGCAAUUAGAUAAAUAGGUACUGCUCCGGCAGGAAGGUAAACGGCGUUUCUGUGUGCUGCUCUGGUUCGCCAGAAGCGACUUAGUCACGCUGGCCACAUAACCCAGAAGCUGUACGCCGGCUCCCUCAGCCAAUAAAGCAAGAUAAGUACCGCAGCCCGAGUCGGUCACGACUGGACCUGAUGGUCAGGGGUCCCUUUACCUUUACCUUAUGUAAAAGCAAACAUGGUAAUGUCCUGGCAACUGCUACUCAGUUAUGGGUCUAGAUCACCACUGAUGAAAUCAUUACUUUCAUCAGCAGUUUCAUCAGCCAAAAUGCAUUCAAACAGGACUUUGGUUUAGGGCUUGGAUACCAAACGGUGGUAUUCAGGGCCAGGACAAUCCAAAAUACAGUGAGGAGUCAUAGUGAAUAAUGAAUAAUCUGGGAAAAUAUUGAACAACAACAAAAAUAUAAAUUUGAUGCUUAUAAUUAUAUUAGAUUUAACUCAGAUUCAUCCCCCAGCAUUUCCAGGGAGGGCUGGGAGAGACCACCUCUGAAAUUGUGGAGAGGAGCUGCUGCUCAGCGUAGACAAUAGUGUUGUAGAUUGACCAAUGGUGUGCCAUACUUCCUAUUUCCUAUCAUAUAAUUUCCAUUUGUCUUUGGAGCAGGACCAGAGGCUGCUCUGAUCUCCCACCAGCAGAGGCAAUGGUUCCAAUAAGUUAGGCACUAGUUGAUAAGGGUGCUGUUGUGCAGUCACAACAGCACCGGCCAUGCCUGUGCAUGGCUGUGAGGGUAAACGGAGUUCUGGGGUUUAGUAGCUCCUGGCUCUGAGCUGUUUUCACCAGUUGUUGCUGCAUGACUGCUGGGCCAUGCAAUCUGCUGAAUGCCAGGUAUACCUGGGAGUAGCUGAUGCUUGGCAAACGCAGCUGCAUUGCUGAGGUAACCAGCCUGAAGUUCCCUUCGUUAAUCCAAUUGUGUGCCGUCAAUUUCUUGCUGAUGAGAUUGGGACGCACAUUCCAUUGGAAGUAACACAUUCAAAUAUAAAUGAUUUGCAUUCCGUCACAACUUCAUCUGUCUGUACGGCACUGCUUAUAAUGGGAUGCACAUCUCCAUGCCUGUUCUGUCCAUUAGGCAUGCCUAACUAUGUGCAAUGGGAGCUCAGUCAGGAGAAAAAUAUGUUGCAUAAUGAUAGUAAGAUAGUGAAACUGCCAGCAGGACAUGGUAUGAGUCCUCUCAGUUGUCUCUUUCCCCCCUAAGUGUGAGAGCAAUUGAACGGCAUUGUUUGCCCUUGCUGUUGUCACACAACUACAGCUGGCCACAUGGUGCCAGUUUUACUAUGAGAUCUGUGAGUUGGCUGGGAUCACAUAGUGAAGAAGCCCUUUCAAGUUUUGUUUUUAAGAAAGUGACCAAGCAGCAACAGCAAGUCAGGGAAACAGUGAAUGUGAACAGGUAUGCAAAAAUGUGGAAGGUAGUGCUUUAUUAUUUUAACGUGCCUUCUCUACCCUCCCCCUACCUUUGGGAAAGGAUUAUAGCUCAGUUGUCAGAGCACUAGCUUUGGAUGAAGAAGGCUCAAUCUCUCCAGGUAGGACUGGGAACGCUUCCAGUCUGAAAUCCUGGGAAACUUACUAGUCAGAGUGGUCAGUGCUAAGCCAGAUGGACCAGUGGUGACUGGUUAUAAAGCAGCUUUCUAUGCUAGCGUUUCAUCACCCCCACUGCUCCUGCCCUUAGAAAUGGUAAAUUUUGCAGAAGAAAAUGGAACCUCCUGAAAAUUUGGGAGAGUACAGAUUUGAAGUAUGAAGAAAAUCAUCCACAUCAGAGGGCUGACUAAACAAAAUGAGCAGAAAUGUUUCUCUUUUUAAAUGUAUUUAGGUGAGUUUUCCCCCCCUCCUAUGUAUCACUGUCAUCUUACCAUUCUUUUUUUUUUUUCCCCUUCCAGGUGAAAAUGUUCAUGUUUGCUCAGGAGACCCUCAACCGAAGGAACCCAGCCCUAUCCCUCACUUGCCUCGGGUGGAGAAAAAGUUGAAAUGUACAGUUGAGGGCUGUGACAGGACAUUUGUGUGGCCGGCCCACUUCAAAUACCACUUAAAGACUCACAGGUGCAUAGAGUCACUAUAGUUAUGACUUUGCUGAGCACUGCAAACUGUAUGCAGCUAUAUGAGUGGUCCUGCUAUGGAACGAUCAAAUUCAGAAAGUCAACCAAAGUACAGAAAUCUGAAACAGAAAAAGCUCAUCUCUAUUUUGCAAAUACACUCAAUGUGGUUUUUAAAACACUGUUUAUGUGUUUUAACUGCCUGGGAGUGGCUUGUGAUUUGCAACUGGCCCAAACAAAACUGCUUUGUUUUGUGUACGAUAUAUGUAACCUAAACUUUUAAAUGAGAAUAUCUGGUUUAUUAAAAUUAUUUAUACAGUGUAAGGCAAGGAAAAUGCAACCUCUUCAUUUUACUUUAACUGUUACUUCAGGUGGGGCCAGUAACUGGUCAUGUCACUUUUCAGCCUCUUCAUUUUGAACUGAAACAAAAAUGCAUACAACACCACAUUAAGGAAAGCCAGAGCACCAGCAGAGGACUACUUGAUUACAGCAGCAUGUAUAAUAGUGCCAUGAAAGUGAUGUUGUUUUCCAGGAAUGACCGUUCCUUCAUUUGUCCAGCAAAAGAUUGCGGGAAAAGCUUCUAUGUCCUGCAGAGGCUGAAGGUGCACAUGAGAACGCACAAUGGUGAGAAACCAUUCAUCUGCACUGAGCUAGGUUGUGGGAAGCAGUUCACGACAGCUGGGAACCUGAAGAAUCACCUGCGGAUUCAUACUGGUGUGUACCAUUCCCCUUUUUUCAAAUUCUUCUUUUGUUCCAGUAUUCAAGUGUUAAAGAAGUUUCUCUGCAUUUCUGUCAGAUUAUGAGCAUGGCACUGACUAGGCAGCUGCUGCCUCUCUGCCUGUUAUGAAGUAUUUAUUUUGGGUUGCCAAAGUUGUUGAGCUUUGAGGUAUUUUUAAUGAAAUUAGGCAAAAUCUACACUUCCGACAUGGGUUGCCAUAUGUCCAGAUUUUCCUGAACACUUCAGCGAUUUCCACCCAGACGCUGUUUACGAGGGCCAAAUGCCGGCUGUGUUACAGCUAGGGAGGAGAAAGCUGAUUCAGAUGACGUGCUAAGCCAAACCUGGCUUGACACAGUAGCAAAGAGGACCAGGGAGGAGCAACGUGGAUAUGAGCUUCUCUGUGUAUGGUGUCAGUAAGUCAAGGUUUGGCUUAGUGGGUCAUGUGAACCAGGCCAAAGUUUUCCCGCACCUCCUUUAGUUGAUCAAAAGGUUAUAUAAUAGCAAACCAUGUUGGUGGUUAGUAUAUUAAAUUUCUGAGACUUCCAGUCUUGGAGAAAUUGUGUUUUCACUCUCCAAGUAGAAAGCUUCCACGCUAAUAUUUGAUAGCCAAUGAAGAACUCAUGUAAACAAUGAAAGGUGUGUGACUGAAUUUGAGAAACUGCAACUUAAUAGAAAGAAGUGGAUCCUUGCAUAUGAGGGCAUAUGCAAUUCAAGUGACUUUUUGAAUUAACUGAAGCAAAUGCUUCAAUGCAGGGGAAAAGCCCUUCUUGUGUGAGGCUCAGGGCUGUGGUCGCUCCUUUGCUGAAUACUCCAGCCUUCGGAAACACCUAGUUGUCCAUUCAGGUAAGGGGACUUCAUUCCUUGAGAUACCCAGGUCUUGCUGAACAUUUACUAAUGUCCUUCCCCCUUUGCUUUUUAUGCUGUCUUUCCCUUUUCUCUUCUUGAGCCUCAUAACUUCCAAGGUGUAGGCUAAAAACUGCAUCUUGCCUAGUAUAUACAAUUAUGGGCAUGACAAAGUGAGAUCUUACAAUCUCUAGGUCAAAGGCUUCUUGUACAUACAGGCCUGAGACUCUAAAUCGCUCAAAUUUCCUGACAAAAUUUGACUAUGAACUUGAUAGCCCCUUUCUAAAGCUAAGCCUUUGGUGUCUGAAUUCAAGAGAAAUGAAAACUAUUUAAGCAUAGAAAAUGGAUAUUUCAUUCUCUGCUCUAGCAAUUAUUGUAUAUUGUUUACAGGAGUAAAGCCCCACCAGUGUCAGAUCUGUGGGAAGACAUUUUCUCAGAGUGGUAGUAGGAAUGUACACAUGAAGAAACAUCAUUCCAGAGUUGGAACAGAUAGCAACAGACAGCAUGAACAAACAGGUAGGAAUCGAGUAGAAUGGGAAUGUAUGACUGGAUCUUUCAAAUAGUGAUGAGAAGGGUCGAGUUAAGAAAGAGAAUCUGUUCUGCCAUAGGAGUGUUAGCAUGAGAUGGUGACAGAAAUGCGGCUGUUUCUGAGGAUGGUAAAUAUAUCACAUGAAGAGACUGUAGGAACAGAGAGUCUAAGAGUGUUUGACCACAAAGCAUUAACUAUUUCCCAGCUUUGAAAAACAGUUAUAAAAUUGAUCUGUGUAAGUAAAGUUGUGCUUUUCAGAUGUGUAUGCCCACAUCUCAAAAUAUACUCUACAAAGUCAAACUCUCUUCCUGAAAAUACAGGUCAUGAAGAAGAAAUCUUGGAUAAGGAAGAGUGAGAAAACAAUUCUCUACAUUCUUCAGAUUUGUGAAGCAGAAAUCCCUCUCUGUGCGAUAGUGGACACUGAUGCUGUUGUUCCUCAACUUGGUGUUUUGUUUUUGCAACAGAAUCGUUGAUGGGCAGUAGUUUGUUGGAAGAAUCUGAAGAGCACAGUAAGAAUCUGGUGUCCAUGAGCUCACCUCCCAGCCUUGGUGUAGAAUCUUUGCAGUUGCCAGACACAGAAUCAAUUAUUGGUGUAAAGGAAGGUGAGAAAAAUAUUUCUAUUAGCAAUGAAAUGUUUACAGGAGCUGAGUUGGGAGGGGAUAUCUUUCUAUCAGGAUAGUCUUAAAUGGGAUAAUUUAUUGGAGUUCCAACACAUAGUUUCAGUAGGAAGGGUGGAAUGCAAUAAUAAUACUUUUAUAUUGGUUUCUGAUACUGUAUUUGUUUUCCUGAGUGCUGAUUUAGCCACUGUUUCUAAUAUUUGCCCUAGUCUAAUACAUUCACACAAUGCACACUUCAUUUUUUGUCUGAAGAUCAGGUUGCUUGAGAAAAUAAUCCCCAAUGUACAUUUUAUAAAGCACAACUUAGUCUCCUGUUUGAUUUGCAGAGGUUCUUGCUGAAGCAACAACAAACUCUCUCCAUGCUGCAUCUGAUGUGGUUUUGCCAUCUCAUCACCUGAUGCCCAUGUCAACAUCAAGACACUCCUAUGGGGUGUCAUCUUUACUACAGUAAAUCUACAGGUCAGCCUAGAAGACUUCUAUUUCUUUUUGAACAACAUAAUUCUAGUCUUUUGAAAGUGCAGGAAAACAUCACCUUUUCUACUAUCUGAGAAUUUGAUAGCAGUGAGGCUUUUGGUUAUUAUUUAAUCUUAUAAAUAUUUGUUUGAAAUUUUGAUGGAAGAUUAUAGUAAUAAUAGGUUUAAAAGAAAAUUCCCAUUCAAUCUUAAAUUGAAGGUAAUAAUAAUUAAUAAUAAUAAUAAUUUACUUGAUCUGGAAGCUAUAUAACUAUAGUGGCAUACAGCUUGGUCUGACACAAAAAUCACAAUCUCUGCUGGUGCCUGUUGGUUUCAAUUAAAGCUUACUACAGUCUCCUAACUGUGAUGAGUGUAGGCAAGGCUCUUUGUUACAACCUUACUAUAUCCAUUUGUUCACUGAACAUUGAUUGGGUGUGGUACCACAAAGUUGCACGGCAAUUCUUGCAAAAUAACACUGUCCUCUGUUGUCACGCUGUUCCCAACCCACAAUGCCAUCUUUCAUAAUAUGACACAGGCAAAGUGUGUACUCCUGUGAUGUUUUGCUGGCACAAAAUCUUGAAUCCUAAGAUGCCUUCUGCUCCAGAAUACACUUGUAUUAGAGUGAGAAAAGUGAAGCAGUCUAAAGAUGUUCUGUUCAGCUUUUUGUGCGAGCAUGGGCCUGCCCCUGCCCAACUUCUACCUUGAUCGGAGUGAGCCAGUUCCUCCCACUGCCUUAGCACUGAUCAGCCAGGCCCUUCAUUUAAAACAAAUACGUUAGAAGGUGUUACAAGUAAAGGUACUUCUCCCAUACAUCUGUGUUGGUAAUUUGUCAUAUAGAGAGGGCUUGAAAGAAAGAAAAAAAGAUGCUGUGAAAUAUAAUAGAGCAGUGUGUUGCUUGAAUCAUUCUAUUAUUCGUUCCUUUCUUAUAAACAAGUCUGAACUAGUAUUGAUAGAAGUAAAAUGUGUUGAUUUGCAGUUACAAAAAGAAGAGCAAAUGAAUGAAGUAUUCAACACAAGAUACGAAGCUAAAGAAGAAGCUUGUGUGAUGAUGGGCUCAAGAAACCAUGUGGUACUUGAAUCCCCAGAGUUUAUGCUGUGCCUCUAGUGUACUUAUUGUGACCUGUCAGAACAGAGUCCUGGAAUAUGGUUUGCUUCAAUCACUGGAACCUCCGAAGAAGGGCUUCAGGAGCUUUUACUAAUGUCUGAACAGGGUACUGUUCCUGUUGAACCUGGCACCCCAAAGGUGAGGAGGUAAUGCUCUUGGAACUAGUUCCUAGCCACUUUUUUCUCUCCUGAAGCUGAUCAUAAGCUCAGCAUUAUACUGACUCGUUCUUCUUGGAGGAGUAUCUUUAGAUGGUAGUGAAUUCUGCAACAAGGCACUGCAGUUCUGUUCUUGCUUCUGAAUUAUCAGGUGGUUUGUGGUUUCUCUUUGAGCUAGAUCUUCCACAUCUCCUUGCUUGGUGCAGAUAUACUCUCUAAUACGGUUUCUGCUCCAAACCGAAGACAUGAUGUUGUUCAGAUGAUUGCCUCAGACACCCUUGCUUCUUGCUGUGAUUUUAGUUUCUAAUUAUUAGGGCUUAAUUUAAAAAAAAAAAAUCAGAGGUAGAAUCUAUUCAGUAUUCUUCAGUUGUAAAUAAACUAUCUACUUCAAACUCCUGA